AUGACCUCCGCACUAAGUUUCAGCAACGAGAACGCUAGCUUUCAGGCCAGCACCAUCAACAGUUCGGUCCACAAUUCGUUCCACCUUCCGCCUAGAGAAAGACCACAAACUCCGCCACAACCAGCGGUCCUGACACCCUUUCCGCGCGACGCCGACUUGUUCAGCGUGACAGCCAAGGUCAGGCUGCUUCCAAACCGGCAGGAGAUUCCUGAAGAUGUGUUGCGCCUCCAGGAAGACAGUGGUAGCGACAGUGAUAACGAACAUGAUGCUUCACAAUCCAGCGCAAGCAACGACGAUCUCGAAGACGAUGAUUAUGAAGACGAUAGGUUCAAAAAAGAUCUAGUUGUGCUGUGUGACUUUAGCUUCAUCUCUAGUGAGAUCCAUGCAAAGAGCUUUGAGAUGCACGCACUUGUGCAGCUCGCAACGCAGAGGUGGCUGGCCGCGAGCCGCAGGCUCGAGUGGUGGAAGCAGCAGUUCAUCAGCUGUCUCUGCGCGGCGUUUCCGACGACUGGAGAGUACAAGAACUGA